AUGGAAAAUUUUUUUUUGAGAAAUGAUUACAACAAUAAUAAUAUAUCAGAAAAAAUAAUUAAAGGAUUUGAAAGAAAUGAAAUAUCUUUGCCAAAUAAGAAUUUUGGUCAAUUUUCCAUAUGGAAUGAAAAAAUGAGUAAUAGCAUUUUCAUUAAUAAUUUAUUGGACGAAUAUGAAUUUGAUAUAGAACCUAAUGAAUUAUAUUCUAAUUAUAUAUACAAAAUUAGAUAUAGCAGACAAAGUGCCUAUAAUAUAAAAAUUGAUGAAUAUACAUUAAAAAGAAAAAUAUUAGAAAUAAAUAAAAAAAAUAAUAAUAAAGUUUUCAUAAAAUAUAUGAAUAAUGAUAAUAAAGAUACUUACUUUGAUAAAAGAAAAGAAGUUAGAAAUUAUAAAAAUAACAAUUUUAUAAAAAAUAAAAUAAUAGAAAAUGCUAAUAAAAAUGAUGAUAACAAUAAAAAUAUAUUUUUAGAAAAUUCAUUUAACGACAUAGUUCUUAAAGAAAAUAAAAAUAAGUUAUCUAUCAAUCCGUUUUCCUAUUUUUUUUCUUAUCCUUCUUAUAUUCUUAAUUCCUACAAAAAAGAAAAGAGAAAAAUACCUAAAGAACCAUACUGCAUUUUACAGGCUCCUAAUCUAGUAGAUGAUUUUUAUUUAAAUUUACUAGAUUGGUCAAAGAAAAAUAUAAUAGCAGUUGGUUUAGAUAAUAAGUUAUGCUUAUGGAAUAAUGAGGCAUGUAAAUGUGAAGAAUUAUUUGACUUAGAUCAAAUACAGAAAAAAAGAAAAGAAAAAAAAAAAAAAAUAGAAAUAAAAAAAUCAAUAACAUCUUUAAAAUGGAAUAUUUUUGGAAAUUAUUUGGCUGUUGGUCUAUCAAACGGUGUUGUAGAAAUAUGGGAUAUUGAAAAAGGAGUUAAAAUGAGGAAAUAUAAAAAUCACAAAUUAAGAGUUGGUGCAUUGUGUUGGUAUUACGACACCUUAACAUCCGGUAGUAGAGAUAAUAAUAUUAUUGUCUGCGACUUAAGAAGUAAAGAAUCUAGUUAUAUACAAUUAGAAAAACAUAAAUCUGAAGUAUGUGGAUUAGAAUGGAAUCACAACGGAAAACAACUAGCUUCAGGAAGUAAUGACAAUUCUAUAUAUAUAUGGGAAAACAAUACAAAGAACUCUGUUUUUCAUUUUACAAAACAUAAGGCUGCAGUAAAAGCUAUUUCUUGGUGUCCUCAUAAAAAUAAUUUACUAAUUAGUGGAGGUGGUUCAGCUGAUAAAAAAAUUUAUUUUUGGAAUACUAACACUGGUAAAUGUAUAAAUGAAAUAACUACAAAUUCUCAAGUUUCAAACAUUUUGUGGUCAAAAAAUACUCAAGAAUUUAUAUCAACUCAUAGUUAUUCACUUAAUCAAAUUAUUAUAUGGAAUUAUCCUCAAUUAGAAAAAGUUUCUAUGUUAUCAGGCCAUAACUUAAGAGUGCUAUAUUUAUCAUUAAGUGCUGAUGGGACAUCAAUUGCUACUGGUUCACCAGAUGAGACUAUAAGAUUUUGGAAUAUUUUCCCUAGAGAUAAUAAUUUCUCUUUUAUUCCUCCUUUUUCAGAUUGCUAUGAAAUUAUCAGAUAG